AUGCCAGCCGUUCAUGAGGACCCGGACGCCCCGGUGAUAGCAAGCCCGAGGGAGCUUCCUGGAGCGAUAUGCCCUCGCCAGGUCACCCUGAGAGACCGGGUGACGGUCGCGACUCUCGUGCCGUUCUCCUCGGCGGCCGAGGUGCCUCAUUCUCUGCUCAGCUAUCUCCUGGAUCAGCUCAAUAAGGAGAUCGAGAAGGGCAACACGUAUACUAUGAUGGAUCCCAUCCCGCUCGACAAAUUCGGACCGUAUUGGUUCUCGAAUUUCGGAGCUGUCAUGCUGCUGGGUGACAUACAAGACGUACAUGAUGUUCAGAUCAUGGACCAGAGGCGGACGGACUGGACAAAGAUAUGUCUUGGGAGCUUCAAUAUCAGGCCGAAUUAUCCGGGCCGGAGUAGCCAUGUCUGCAAUGGGACUUUUCUGGUUACUGAUGCGUCCCGUAACAGGGGUGUGGGUCGAUUGAUGGGAGAAGGCUACCUUGAAUGGGCCCCAAGACUGGGCUAUACGUAUUCAGUGUUCAAUCUUGUGUAUGAGAAUAAUGUAGCUUCAUGCCGGAUUUGGGAUUCGUUGGGGUUUAAGCGUAUUGGCAAGGUUCCGGGCGCCGGAAAUCUUCGCUCUCAUCCAGACCAGCUAGUUGACGGAAUUAUAUAUGGACGUGAUCUGAGCCUCGAAGGCGAGGACUCCGUUACUCAGGAGAGGUUUGAUAAGAUCCGGUAUUAUCUGAAGCAUUCUAAAUACCCUCGAGGUGCUGAUCGCGCCGAGAAAAGCCGACUAAGGAGCGCAGCAACACAUUAUAAACUUGUUGGCGGUGGAGGCGAUGGAGAACCUGAAAGGCUGAUGCUUAAGGAUAAAGAGGUUGUUUCGGACCCUCAGCAACAAUAUGAGAUAGCACGCCAGGUGCAUCUCCAACAACACGGCGGCAUCAACAAAACCACAGCCACGGUAGCAGUGAAAUACCAUUGGGUCCGCAUUAAAGAGACAGUAAGCCGAGUUAUUCGCGAUUGUCCCAAGUGCAAAGAGACCUCCAAGGUUCCGCCUGUCCUGAACGGAGCCCGGACUGCAGAAGCGCCGCCCAAUAUCAAGUCCAGUAAUGAAAUAGAAACCACCACACCGAACGGCAUGAUUGCACACACCGAUCAUUUGAUGACGGAUGCUUCUACGCAUCAUGCGCACUCAAGUCCCUUUACGCAGACGCAUCCUCCAAUUGCAGACGAUGGCAUGUCCGACUAUACACAUUUGCCGCUUGAUCCGCAAAUCAUUGAUAUGAACACCCAUCUACCCCGAUUCCAACAUCACCACAACAUUGCUGCUCCGUACGAGCAGAACCACGGACUGCCGCAUGAGGUGUUUGAGGAAGAACUGAGGGCCCACGGGUCCAGCGAUUAUCAAGCGAUGGUGAAUGACGAGUCGGACUCGGAGGCCCUGCAGCGAGAUGCCCUGAACUUGGUGAAUACGCAGCUGAGUGAUUCGCAAAAUGAGCAGGAGAUGCUUUCUCGAUAUGUGGAGCGGUCCGACGAUGACAUUGACUUUACCUGA